AUGGUCAAGGUUACUCCAAAAAUAAAACCAGUUGUAACAAGGAAAAAAGGGAAAGAAGGGAAAAAAUCCUUGGCGAGUGAGGAUGUGGAACCUUUUCAUGACUUGGAAAGUGGGGUCUCAGACGAUACUUCUACACAGAAUUGCUGCAUCUACCGUGUUCCCGAAACAAUCCGCGCGAUCAACGGCAAGACAUGGUACGAGCCCCGCGUCGUCUCCAUCGGGCACUUCAACUACAACAAACAUGAACGCCUCCAAGUGAUACAAGAGCACAAGCGGAAGUUCUACAGCAUUCUGGUUUCCAACACUCAAAAACGGUUGGGCGACUUGAUGGAAAUUAUACGCCCACUCGAAGCUCAAGCCAGAGGUUUUUACUCAGAAAAGAUUGAGUUCGUGUCCGAGACGUUCCUCAAAAUGCUGAUUGUUGAUGGUUGUUUUAUAUUAGAAUUGUUUCGAGUACUUGGAAAAGAGAGACAGCCCGAGUCUGAUGAUCUGAGUGAUCACCCUAUUUCCGCCGUGGCAUGGGCAAUACCAUAUUUCUACGGGGAUCUUCUUCUGCUUGAGAAUCAGAUCCCCUUUGUUGUUCUGAAAAAGUUAUAUAAAAAUUCCAAAAUGCCUGAUGAGAACUAUCCUUUGUCCUUGCUUGCUUUGAGAUUCUUUAACAAGGUAAUGCGAAGAUCCGAUGAAGAACUCAAAAAGAUGAGCGGGCUUCUCAACAGCAGCUUGCAUUUGCUGGACUUGGUUCGGGGAAGUUUUAUCACCCCCGAUCUAGAUCAGCCACCAAAGGAGAAAAAAACAGUACCGGUGAUAUACUGCAUCACGAAACUCCUCAAAACAGGGAUUAAGAUCAAACAGCGUGAGGAGGCCGACAGCUUCUUGGCUGUGAAAUUCGAGAACGGAGUGAUUAAGAUGCCCAAAAUAACAGUCGACUACUUCAUGCACUCUUUCGUGGUGAACUGUCGAGCAUUCGAGCAGUUGCACAAGCAAAGCUCCAAGCACAUCACAGUUUACGCCUAUUUCUUGGACUGCUUAGUAAACACAGCCAAGGACGCUGAGUAUCUUUACGAACGCAACAUCAUUGACAGUUAUGUUGGGAAGAACAGCGAGGUCGUGCAAUUCAUCAACAAGUUGGGGAAGGAUAUGGAUGUUGAAACCGAUCAGUUUUAUUUAUACAACUUUUUCGAAAAGGUAAAGCAACGUUAUGAUAACAAGUGGAAAGUGCAAUGGACGGGGUUCAAGCAUAGGUACUUUAAUACGCCAUGGUCAUUCAUUUCGUUAUUGGCAGCCGGUGUGCUGUUAGUGUUAACCUUCUUGCAGACCUACUACACCAUCUACGCUUAUGUGAAUCCUAAAUAA